AUGAAAGAUUUCGAAGUCCAAAAUUUCAUGCCAACUUUUGUACGAGUUGAGCAGCCUUGGCACAGGGGCACCUCUACUCACAUCGGUUCUACUUACUGGAGCACUAAAGAAAGACUGACGUUGGGCGACGAGAAUUUGGCAAUGACACCUCUAACUAUCAAGACAGAAGAACCUCGUGAAAUUAAUAGUAAAGAAGAAAGGUCUCUUAUUUACGAAGAUGAUCCAGGUGUCGAAGUGGGAGGUGGUAAUACAAAAGACAUUAUAGAAAAAAUAAAAGCCGUCAAUGAUGGUCUCAAAACUCCCGUAAAAAGGCCACCUGUAAAUUAUAAUACACAGCCACAAACUGGAGGAGGAUACGUCAUCGAUAAGGAAAUAUUGGACAAAAUUCAACAAAUCAUCACAGCAGGAAAAUUAAAUCCAAUGUCAUUAAGUCACAAGUAUCAAGAAAGUAAUAAUAUAAACAACAAUGAUUUAGGUGGACCACGGAAUUCCAGAAAUAUGCCAUUUGGAUUAAAUCAAAGACAAAUCGCAAUGACAUCACUACCUUACAUGACCAGCAUACCUGUUAUUGUUAUGCCAACGCCAAGCAAUAACAUGUUUAAUGGCGAUGUCAACACUAUAGAUGCUAGUGGCGCGUAUCAAACACGGCAAAGCCCUUCACUACCUUUUCCAUUUCAAUGGCCUCUAGCACCUUUUUUUCCUAUUUUAAUUAAAGACCCUCUCCUUAAUUUCUUGGGUGGAGGUAGUUGGAAUAAUCUUAUAGAUUAUGGACAAAGUGCUGACGUGUGUAACAGAAAACAAAAGUCAGUUGAAAAUGAUAAUAUUGAUAAUGAGAGUAUUAUCAAAAAUUUAGAAGAGAACUUGCCAAGUACAGUUUCAAAUUCAAGGCAAGCGAGAGCAUUAAAAAAGCGUACCAUAUCAACCAAAUCAUCAAUUGAGAAUAAUCUUGAAAACUUAAAAAAAGUCAAGAAGUAUUUUUCAUCGCAAUCAACUACUAAGAAACCUUCAAGACCGUCGUAUAUAGAAGAACAACCACAAGAUACAAAGACUGUCAAUUCAGAUGAUGGCGAUCUUCGUUUUCCCUUUGGAGAUUUCUCUUGGUUUGGGAAUAAGAAACCUGUGGUACCUAGUCCUGGGUUCAUCAUAAAUCGAUUGAAAGUUAGAAGAGGUGGUGUGGCUAUUGCUGGUCCGGGAGGUGUAGCAACUGCUGGAAGAGGUGGAACUGCAAUCGUUGGGCCAGGAGGUCUUGCCUACACGCAGCCUGGAGGUCUAGCUGUGGCGGGCCCAUCUGCACGUAUCAUCGCUCUGUCACCAGACGCCGACCUCUCAUCUGUCGUCUCUCGUCUCCAAGAACAAUCAGCAACUGAUGGUUCUGUACCACGAUUAUUAGAAGCCAUUCCUGAAGGGAAAGUUGUUGCAACUGGCCCAAUUAUAUAUUACCAUCCUACUGAACAAACAUUCCACCGAGGACGAUGGGGAGACUUCCAACGAGAUUACGGAAGAAAGAGUUCUGGGUUCAGCAGAAGGUCAGACGAAUAUCAGUACAACGGUGCAAGCUUUGUAAAAGGGCCCUGGAUGGCAAAAGAUUCUUUCAUUCUGUAUUUAAAACCCACGGCGCACGCGAUGAAUAGUCCUCGAGGAGUGGCAGUGGCUAAUCCUGUAUCGAACGUACUUGUAUCCCGAAAUGAUAUCGGCUCUAUUGUUCAUAGUCCAGUAGCAUCGGCCAUCGUUGGACCAGGUGGCAUCGCGCAUGCUCAAUCUGAUCUUAAUCUGUACGAAGCUAAUAUCCAGUACCUCCCAUUUUACGGUGGCGCAAAAGGGAAUUAUUUAGAGGUAAAAAAAGAUAACGCAGGCACUGUAACAAGCGAAAAAAUCGUUCCAGAAGAAAAAAUAAGCAGCGAGAAUGUAUUGAAGCAUAGUAACGAAAACCUCCUUUCAAAAGUACUCGCUGCAAACUUAAUUCGUCUCAGAACAACUUCAGGAAGUCUCCUUAAACUACACAAUUUGGGUAGAAGACUUGGCUUUCUGAAUAACGAUGACAAAGCCAAAUUCAAGGAACAACUUUCUUCUCUCGAAGAGAUUGCCUCAAACACGAUUAAAAUCAUUGAUGAUAUUGGCACAGAUGUUGACAUGCUCUUCAAAAACAAUGCCACUAUAAGAUCCAAAUACGACGAUGAAUAUGUGAGUAUCGAUAAACGUGAUACUUUUAAACUUAUAGACACAUGUAUAUCUACAAUAGAAGAAGAGGGUGUGAGUAUCGAGGCUCCAACCGAUGAUGAAACUCAAAUACCUCUCCAAGGUGCCACUAUUGCAGAAGCGAAACCAGUUGGUUUAGCGGUGAUUGGUGAAAAUGGUUUAGCCGCGUCUCGUCCUGUUGCGACAGCAGUAGCGUCUUCAGGAGUCGCAAUAGCCAGACCGAUAGCAACAGCCAUCGCCGGAGUGAACCCUGCAGAUUUAGGCAUUAACUUUCAAGUUGGCCACGAACCCCACCCGAAGAAAUGAUGUUCAUUUCAACGCUUCCACCAACAGAUGGCGUUAUAAUAACAUUAACAACUUAAAAAUAGUAGUCAUCAUAACUACAAGUUCUACUUUAGUAUCAAAACUCGAUAUUGAAAAAUUUUAUUGUAAGAAAUAUUGACAAUUUAUAUAAAAAUGAGGAAGUAAUCAAAAAAGAAACUAGUAAAAUCAAUGUCACAAGAUGGUGUCACACUAAACGAUGACGUCAAAAUUGUAAAGACGGCAAUUUUCGUUGCUUUACACGUAACAUAGUAAAAAACUAAAAUUCACAGUUUGCAAAAAUCAAAGAUACACUUAUCUUAGAUGUUACGUAAAAGCAACAUGAAGAACAAAAACUACACUAUGACUUAUUUAUAAAUAUUCGAAAUUCAUUUUGUUUCAUUCAUAGAUAAUUUUUAUUGUACAAGACUUCAUCCAAGAAACACUGCAAAUCUUUCAAACAAUCUUAUUUAAUGAUUUUUUCUAUAUAGUUAUUUCCUCAUUAAAAAGCGAAGCCACCAUAGCCCAGCAUAAUUUGAAAAUACAACAAGCGAUGCCGUUAAAAUUCCGCUAUAAACCAAUACGUGCCAUUUUUUGCACAUUUUAAACUUAAUAAAAAAAAUAUUAGCUUAAAUUUAUAAACUAAGAUUGCGAAUGAAAUUGUGAAUAUAAGGUUAACUGAAUGUGAUAAAGUUGUCUUAUAAAGACUAAAAUUAAUAUUAAUAAUAAUGGUAUUUAUAAUUAAAUAAGAGUUUUUAUUUAGUUUUAUUGACGCUUCGGACCAUUUACAUAUUCCAUGUCCACAUAAGAUUAAGGUGUCGAUUGUCUUAAGAUAUCUUCAAUUCAGUACUUUUGUACACAUUCACAAUCCAAACAAUUUAAAACUUUAUUGCAACGUUUACAUUUAUUAAAUUAAAAAUACAUUUGAAUUAUUUAUUUACCCCUAGCUACCGUAAUCUACUACCAGUUCCAAAUUUGGGAGUCUUGUCUGAUAAGAACUGGCGAAACAAACUCCUACAAGAAAAGUGAAUUGCUCCCUUUGAUUUAAUAUUUACAGAAUGAAGUAACUGUAUCUUUAGAUUUUGUAAUGUGCGAUCUGGAUUGAGAUUUUGUCUGAAUAAUUUCUGCAUCCCAAGCCGGUGGUAUAUGCCAACCUUCAUUUCUAUUUAAAUUCGGAAGAAUUUUUGUUUAGGCGCAAGUAUUUUUGGAUUGUCAAAUCUUAUGUAAUGCUUUUGUCUUCCUUGGGUCCGUCUUGUCGGAAUUUGUAUCGGAAAUUCUUCUCAGACAAGACUCCCAAAUAUUAAACGGGUGAUAGAAUAUGGUAGCCAGUAUUAAAUUAAUAAGUCAA